AUGAAUACCAUCAGCAACCCAAUCGAGGGCUAUGGCCCAGCCACCUACUACCAGCCCGCCGAUCCUCUCUCCCUCCUCCUCAUCGCCUUCUUCUUCCUCCUCCUUGGUGCCCUCACGGCGGCUGGAUCCGCCUUGGUCUUCUCGCUCCUCCUCCGUUUGCCCUACCCUGUCACCACCCACCACCUGAUUGCCGCGCUCGCCGACAAGAGGCACCCCAUCCACCGCCACUUGAAUGCACAACUCCAAAAAGGCAUCGGCGCGGCAGUCGGGAUGGUGGUCGGGUCUUUGGAAGACAGGGUGGGCCAGGUCAUCGAGACCCACUUGCUGCACGAGGCGGUCGUGCAAGCCCUGGAAAAAGAGCUGGAGGCGCUGAGGCGUGACAUAUCCGGGCGGCAACAACAUGAGGCUGGUCCUCAUUCCAAGCUCAGGAAGUCACUCAGCGGCCUCCAGGCACCCAGGGGGGAGGGCAGCUCGAGCCCCAGAAACGACGACGACGACCUCCUCGCCCCCAAGACCCCCACUCCCUCCUCAUCCCCUCCCUCCUCCCUCUCCUACUCUCCUCUCUCCUCUCGGGACCCCAGCCCUCUUCCCCCCAGCCCUCAUCGUCACGACUCCGACAGUGACAGCAUCCAUGGCUCAGACCCCGGUCAGCCAGCGCAGACUCAGAUUGAACCCCCUGUCAUGGACGAGGAGUUUGAUGACGAGCUGGCUGCGCUAGCCGGAUAUGAGUCGGACGGUGCUGGUUCGGCGUCAGAGCUGGACUCUGACGUUGACGCUGAAGGGGAAACGGACGAUGAGUAUGUCCCUCCUCCGGUCGAGAGCGCGAGCGCCUCUGCCCCAAUUGUCGCUCUGCCCGGCCUUGGAAACUUGGCCAAGAGGCAAAUCAAGCCGCUUGCGAGCUUGAAGACUAAGGGCACGCGCCGCUGA